AUGAACUCAUUCUCAUCCCCAGAGCUCUUUGAGAUUAAAACCUGGAAGCAAGCCAGUGUCAGGUUGAAAAAGCAAAAACAUGCAUAUUGCAAGCUAAAACAAAAAGAAACAACCAUGUUAUGUUUUACAUUUCUUAUCAGUUUUAUUUUGCCAAAAAUAUUAUACUAUGACGCUAUAUUUGAGGACUAUGAACAAAACAAGAUUAUUAAAAGCACUUUAGUACGUACACAAAGGGAAACGACUAAAAUAAGAGCUGUGUUUGAUGCUUCUUGUACCACUACUGGACCGUUUCUUAACGACUGCUUACAUUCUGGACAGAAUCUGUUAUCCGACAUAUUUGAUAUUUUAUGGGAAUUUAGGUUUAAUUACAUAGCAAUAUUAGCUGAUAUUAAACAAGCGUUCUUAAAUGUCGAAAUUGCAGAUAAAUAUAGAGAUUUUUUACGUUUUUUAUGGUAUGAUGAUGUUACGAGUGAGAAAGAGGCGAAAGUUAUUAUUUUCAGAUUUCUUAGGAGUUUUACGUUAAUGACACUACUUCCGGGACACAAACUGUGGAUGAAGGGAAUGUAUUUUUAUGAAAGGGCGAGAGAAAUCAUAUCUGCUGCUUAA